AUGGCGGCGCAGCUGAAAGAGAUCGUUGACAGGCUCAAUGCCGCUCCAUUCAACUGUGACUUGUCCCUUGUGGGCUUCGAUGAGAAGGACCCGUUCGAGCUCAUGGAGAUCCUGAAGAAGGUGCUGGUGUUCCUGGAUGCGAAGCAUGAUAUCGAUUUGCGGGAGGAGAAGCCGGAUGUGAUGUAUCAGCGCAUCUCCGAAUUCUUGCACAUCCUUGGAUACCAGUGCUCCUUUGAUAUCGAGUUUCAGCAGGGCCUGAGCUUAGGUGACAAAAACACAGUACAUCCCAUCCUUUAUUGGCUUCUCAACAACCUUGAUGCCUUGAAAAAGCGUGCCUACUUGGCGAAGUUCUGCAUGAAUCUGGAGGUUCCGGAGGAGUUCCUGCGAGAAGAGCAGGUCUUCUCCGCGUACCAGAACUACAAGGAGCUGCAGUCCCAGUUCAAGGCAACGCACUCGCACGUGGAGCAGGAGCGACAAGGUCGCAUGAAUCCUGUGGACCUGCAGCGAGAGGUGCAGCAGCUCGAUGCAGAGCGUGAGCAGCUUGCGCAGAAGAUCCAGCAUCUCAAGGCGAAGACCGAACGAGAUGAGGGCUUCGCUACGCUGCUGGAGGUGACUUCCAUGCUCCGAAAGGAGCAGGAGGAGGAAGCCCGACUAGCGGAAAAGCUGGCCGAGCAGAAGUACCAGCUCGAGCAGACGGAGCAACUUUACAUCGAGCGGUCUGCUCGCUUGCGUGAGAUGCGAGAGGCUGCGCUCCACGAGGGUGAAGGCAGCGCAGAGGUCAUGCUGAAGAUGCUCAGCGCCGAGGUCGUCAAAAGCAGGGAGGCCUUGGCACGAGUCAGGAAGGAGUCCGAGGAGAAGAUGGACCGUCUCCGGGAGUUGGAUUCGGCCCUCAGCGAGCCUCCGGUGACCAAGAUGGACAUCGAUAGCCUCGAGGGCGAGAUCCAAGCCAUGCAGAAUGAGAUCCACUCCCUCGAAGAGAAGGUGAAUGAGCAGAACCAGGACUCGCGACUAGCGGUGUACAAGCAGCAGGCAAACCUCGUCGCCAAAAAGAAGGAGGCUGUCCUGAAGGACAAGAAGAUGUUGGAGGACGAGAGAGACAGUCUGAGCAAAGAUUUGUCGACGAAGGAGCGAGAAUAUGAGCAGAUGAAAGGCCAUAAGUUCAUGAAGCGGGAAGACUUCAAGACCUACGCGGCCUCACUCAGGGACAAGUCUGCCAAGUUCAAGCUCAAGAAGGCUGAGCUCAGCGAGCUUAGACACGAAGUGGCGGUACUUCAAAGGACCGAGCAGAUCUUGCAGUCGAAAGACCCAACUCCCGCCGGGCUAGUUGAGACGGAGCAGAUGCUCGAGAAGGCAUCCGUUGAGAAGUCUCAGGUAGACCGGGCGAAGGGCAAGACUCUUGAUGAGAUCUCGGCCAUUGUCCAAAAAAUCAAUGCUCAGCUCAAGGAAAAGAAGAACAAGCUGGCCCCACAAAUCAAGGCGCUCCGGUCGAUCCGGCAGAGCUUCCAGCAAGUGGAGGUCAAGUAUUUGGAGAAGAAGGGCCAGUACGACCAGGCGAAAUCAGCUGUCGAUGCUGACCUUUCCAAAGUCGCAAGUGAUGCCGCAGCGUCAGCCAGGGUGCGUCCCGUUUGGUUUGAAUCCACGUCUUCCAUGUGCGCGCUUGCCGAAAGCUCAGCCGAGCAUUCACCAAUCUCAAGCGACUGCGAGGUUGCACAGCCAUGCAAAGUGUCCUAG